AAGUCACCCUUGUUUCUAGCCACCAAAACAUGAGGAAACUCUAACCAGAUGCAGAAGGCUAAGCACAGAAAGUUGAAAAGAACAACAAACCUUACAACUUUUUUUUCCCCAUUUGCCAAUGGCUUCUUCCGGAGCUUGGACGUAUCGAGAUCGAACUUCCGAGUUCGCGUCUUUGUCCAAAACAUUGAAGAAAAUCGCAGGAACUACCGGAUCAGAUCAUGAAUCACAGCAGAAUUCUGCCUCUUCUACCACAAAGCUACUACCAAUUCCAGAUCGAUCUGAAUUCAACAAGAAGGCUUCGAGAAUCGGAUUGACAAUCCAUCAAACCUUUCAGAAAAUCGAUAGGCUAGCUAAAUUGGCAAAACGAUCAUCAAUUUUCGACGAUCCAAGCAAGGAAAUUCAGGAAUUGACAACUUUCAUAAAAAAUGAUAUCACAUCACUCAAUGUUGGAGUUUCUGAUUUACAAGCCCUUCAAGACAUGGAUGUAGCUGAUGGAACUCAUUCGAAAGAUACAAUUGUUCAUUGUACUGCGAUUUGUGAUGAUCUGAAGACGAGACUUAUGGUAGCUACAAAAUCAUUCCAAGAGGCACUUACAAUAAGAACGAAGAAUAUGAAAGCUCACGAAGAUCGAAAACAGAUAUUCUCUACAAAUCUCUCUAGAGAAAAUCCUUUGAAACAACCUCCAAAGACUAUAGCAGAGCCACCUCCUUGGUCAACUUCUCAAUCAUUAACGGCAAUAGAUGCUCAGGGAAGCAACCAAUUAAGACGGAGAUUGGCUUCAGACAAUCCUCCGUCUAACGAAUUGGAAAUGUCAAUGUUACAAGAUCAGGUUCCGAGACAAGAAAGUUACUCUCAGAGUAGAGCAACUGCUCUUCAAAAUGUUGAAUCGACUAUUUCAGAAUUGGGCGGAAUAUUCACACAUCUAGCUACGAUGGUUGCACAACAAGGUGAGCUUGCUAUAAGAAUCGACGAUAACGUUGAUGAGUCAUUGACAAAUGUUGAAGGUGCACAAGGUGCUUUGCUAAAGUACUUGAAUCGAAUAUCAUCAAACAGGUACCUCAUGAUCAAAAUUUUUGUUGUUGUGAUCCUUUUUCUCUGUGUAUUUAUAUUUUUUCUGGCGUGAUAUCGGUCCGGAGUGGUGGAUAUUCACUGUAAUUGUUACAUGUUGUGAGCUUAUUAGUAAUCAAAAACCGAUUUUUCUCGAUAGCUUGCUCUGAGAUGUGUACUUUGUAACUUAGAUGCUGGAGUAGCAAAUUUCCUCCAGAUAAACAGACAAAUUAUAUUGAUACAAACGAUCAAUGGUUUGGUAGAGUGAACAACUCUACUAAAGCUAACAUUCUUAAGAGUCGAGUUUAGUACUUUGAUGGAGUGAACAAAUCUACUCAAGUUACAAUCAUAUCGUUAUACUGGACUAUGAUGUGGGUGAACUAUCUUUCAAAGUGUACUAUAGAUUUGUCAUUUUCCACUAAAAGACUCACUAUUGAUCGGUGUCAAUCUUUGGCGGAUAAAAUUAGUGCCAGAAUCAUUUGCUGGAUGUACAGACAGAAUAGAGUUGAUUAGAUCAGUGUUGUUUGGCAUCAAGGCUUAUUGACCACACUGUAGCCUGUUUCAAGUAUGUGAUCAUACUAUUAUGUGGAGGUUUGGCUGAAGAUAUCACGUUAGCUGGGAUAAAAGAGAACCAUUCUAAAUAUAGGAAUGACAAUGGGGCAGAACGGGUUGAGGCUUGAAUUGGAGUUAAACUUAUAUUUCAACUCUUAUCCACAAUAGUAACAUUCAAUAUUCAUCAAUAUGUAAUUGGAGUUGAAGUUCUCUUGGCUUGUGUUUUGUUUAAAUUUGUAUAAAAUUCGUAUAGACCUGCACCUUACAUCAGCUUUUAAAAAAUUAUUCUACCUUA